AUGACUACUUUCACGAAGCUCAGUGAGCAGGAGACACCAAGUAUCUCCGUUCAUGCAUCGCGACGCAUUUCCAAGAUCAACCCUAAUAUCUAUGCCGGGUUCACAGAGCAUAUGGGCCGAUGUAUUUAUGGAGGCAUCUAUGACCCAGGCAAUCCUCUGUCGGACGAGAAUGGCUUUCGUAAAGAUGUACUGGAAGCCCUCAAGGAGUUGAACAUCCCUGUUGUUCGUUACCCUGGUGGUAAUUUUACGGCUACAUAUCACUGGAUUGAUGGUGUCGGUCCCAAAGAUCAACGGCCUGCAAGACCCGAGCUGGCUUGGCUGGGAACUGAGACCAACCAGUUUGGAACAGACGAGUUCCUGAAGUGGUGCGAGCUUCUUGGAACUGAGCCUUACUUUUGCUUGAACUUUGGCACAGGGACUCUCGAUGAAGCUCUUGCGUGGGUUGAGUACUGUAACGGUACAAAAGACACUUAUUAUGCCAAUCUCCGGAGGAAGAAUGGCCGUGAAGAGCCUUAUAAUAUCAAGUACUGGGCUCUUGGUAACGAAGUGUGGGGACCAUGGCAGGUCGCCCAGAUGACCAAGGAGGAGUACGCUCACAAGGCCUACCAGUGGGCAAAGGCGCUGAAGCUGCUUGACCCCACUCUGAAGUUGAUCCUCUGUGGCCAAGACGGCACUGCCUCAUGGGACUACUACACACUGAAACAUUGCCUGCUUCCCGCUCACUCGCCUCUCUCUACUAGCACCGUCCCUCUCAUCGACAUGCACAGUAUCCAUCUCUACACCUGCGGUUCAACUCAUCUCCCCAACAUCACUGCUCCCCUAGCCGCUGAACGCGCGAUUGAGAUUACCUCGUCCCUCAUCGACCUUGCCAUGAUUGAGAACGGUAUUCCUCCUGACCAGCCGCGGCCCACAAUCUGCUUUGACGAGUGGAACGUGUGGGACCCCCUGCGCGCUGAGGGCAGCAAGGGCGCUGAGGAAAGCUAUACCCUCUCCGACGCUCUGGCCGUGGCCAUCUGGCUCAACGUCUUUGUGCGUAAGAGCAGAGACGUCGGGAUGGCCUGUAUUGCACAGAGCGUCAAUGUCAUCUCCCCCUUGAUGACGACCAAGGACGGUAUCAUAAAGCAGACUAUCUGGUGGCCCUUGUACCUGUUCUCGAAGUAUAUGCGAGGCUGGACCAUCAAUGCGCACGUCUCUUGCGGUGCCUAUGAGGGCGAAACGAGUCCCAAGUGGAUCCGCGCCGUCAAGGACACACCCUGGCUGGAUGUCAGUGCCACCUUGGGAGAGGACGGAUAUGUUAAUGUUGCUGUCGUCAACAUCAGCGACGAAAAGGAUAUGGAGAGCAAGUUCGAGGGGGCUACUGGUGAUGUCACUGUAUUCGUGGUCACUGGAAACAGUGUCUCGGCCUGCAACAUGAAGGGAAAACAGGAAGUUGGCCUGACGGAAAGCACUUGGGACGGCAAGGGUGCCUACAAGUUCCCCAAGCACUCGUUCACUCUACUUAGGUGGAAGGCGGAGCAAGUUUAG